AUGUCUUCCGGUGGCAAGUCUGGUGGCAAGUCGGGCGGCGACUCCAAGUCGACCACGCGUUCGGCCAAGGCCGGCCUGCAGUUCCCUGUUGGUCGUAUCCACCGUCUCCUCAAGAAGGGCAACUACGCUCAGCGUGUCGGUUCGGGCGCUCCCGUCUACCUCGCCGCUGUCCUUGAGUACCUCGCUGCUGAGAUCCUCGAGCUUGCCGGCAACGCCGCUCGUGACAACAAGAAGUCGCGUAUCGUCCCCCGUCACCUCCAGCUCGCCGUCCGCAACGACGAGGAGCUCAACAAGCUUCUCGGCUCGGUCGUCAUCUCGCAGGGCGGUGUCCUCCCCAACAUUCUCUCCGAGCUCCUUCCUGCCAAGUCGACCAAGGGCAAGAAGGUCGCCGCCGACGCCUAA